UCAACAGAAACCUGAAAGGGGGAAUCUAUAUCCUAGUCUUCCGUGUGAGUGUGGAUGACCAUGGAAAAACAGAAGAGCUUCCGUGGGGCUAUGGAGAAGCAGAAGAGCUUUCGAGGGAUGAUGGAGAAACAACUGAGCUUUCGAGGGGUGAUGGAAAAGCAGAAGAGCUUUCGCAUAGCAAUGGAGAAGCAGCAAAGCUUUCGUGACAGGAGGAAGAGCAGAGAAUCUCCGGGAAAAAGGGGGGACUCUGAGUUUCAUCUGGCUGCUCGAACUGGGAAUUUAACCAGAGUCAAGGAUAUCCUUCAGGGGUGUGACAGUGGCAGCUUGAAUGAGUUGCUAAGUAAGCUAAAUCUGGAUGGGGAGACGGCUCUGUAUACCGCAGCAGAAAACGGCCAUGCCCUAGUUGUUAAGGAGCUCUUGAAGCAUUUAGACCUUGAAACUGCUUCUCUUUCCGCCAAGAAUGGUUUUGAUGCAUUCCAUGUUGCAGCCAAGCAGGGUCAUAUUGAGGUGUUGAAGGAGCUUUUGAAUGCUUUCCCCUCCUUGGUCAUGACAACUGAUUCAUCCAAUUCUACAGCUUUACAUACAGCUGCUACUCUAGGGCACAUUGAUGUUUUCAAUCUCCUUUUGGAGACUGACUUAAACCUUGCUAAGAUAGCUCGAAACAAUGGUAAAACAACCCUUCACUCUGCAGCCAGGAUGGGACAUUUGGAAGUUGUGAAGUCCCUACUAAGCAAGGAUGCAAGUGCUGGUUUUAGGACUGAUAAGAAGGGGCAAACUGCAUUGCACAUGGCAGUGAAGGGAACCAAUGUAGAUAUUGUGCUCGAAUUGCUUAAACCUGAUUCUUCAGUCAUUAAUUUGGAAGAUAGCAAGGGGAACACAGCAUUGCAUAUUGCAACAAGGAAGGGCCGCAUUCAGAUAAUAUGCUGUUUAUUAUCUGUUGAGGGUAUCAAUGUCAGUGCAAUUAACAAGGCUGGAGAAAGUCCCCUAGAUAUUGCAGAGAAAUGUGAAAAUGUGGAGAUUGCUAUGGUUCUAAGAGAAGCAGGGGCUAUCAGAGCUAAGGACCAUGUAAAUCCUCCCAAUCCAGCAAAACAUCUGAAGCAGACUGUUAGUGACAUAAAACAUGAUAUGCAGUCCCAACUCCAACAGACCCGUCAAACCAGGGCUCAGGUUCAGAAGAUUCAGAAAAACCUUAAGAAGCUUCACUCGAGCGGCCUUAAUAAUGCAAUAAACUCUGCAACUGUUGUUGCUGUUCUAAUUGCAACGGUCGCUUUUGCUGCCAUCUUCACUGUACCUGGACAGUAUGUUCAGGACGGCAGCGCAAAAACUGGGCAAGCAUAUAUUGCAGAUAAGCUAGCAUUCCUUAUCUUCUUUAUUUGUGAUGCCAUGGCCCUGUUCAUCUCCUUGGCUGUUGUUGUGGUCCAGACGUCUAUAGUUGUGAUUGAGCAGAAAGCAAAGCAGAAACUCAUGUCUGUCAUUAACAAGAUCAUGUGGCUUGCUUGCCUCUUCAUAUCAGCAGCCUUCAUUGCUCUCUCGUAUGUAGUGGUGGGCCAGCAUACCCGGUGGCUUGCUAUCUAUACCACAGUGGUUGGUUGCGUGAUAAUGCUGACUACUGUUGGCUCCAUGUGUUACUGUGUUGUCAUGCAUAGGAUUGAGGAAUCAAACAUGAGGAAUAUAAGGAAACACUCAGGGAGCCGCUCACGCUCGUCUUUCUCUAUGGUUUCUGACCCUGAGAUGCUGAACAGCGAGUAUAAGAGGAUGUAUGCAGUUUAGUAUUCGUGUAUUUUGGAGGUAGGAGUCUCUUAUGAGAACCCAUCGAGCUCUGGCACUUCUAUCAGUAUCUCCCAAGAACAAGUUGUUGCUGCGCCUGCUCUAGUAAUUUUAGUUCAGUCAGUUAACCCAACUUGAAGAGUUUAGUGUGUGUAGAACACUUAUUUUGUACUCUGGUUCUGCAGCUCCAGGAUACAGCAAUGAGUCAUGUAUAUUCUUCAUGCUUAUGAAUUUUAAAAUUCCAAGAAUUGGGCUGACAGUUAUAACCCAUGUAUUGCUCUGUUCAUUUUCUAUGAAACUAGAAUAAAAGAGUCUCGCGCAGGAUUCAGAAGCACUUGAUC